UUUAGCGAAAGAUUUAUAUUUCAAAUUUAAACUUUCAGAAAUCCAUCAAAAUUUGGUUUUAAAUUGGUCAAAUAUGUAAUAUAGCAACCAGCUGCAAAUGCUUUUGUGCGGAAGCGCUGCAGAGUCUCGUUGCGACUGGUCCGCAAUAGCUGCAGCUAGAUCUGGGGCUAGAGCAGGACCGGGAAAGCAUCACAAUAUUUUAGAGGGAAAAUAGGGUAGCAAAUUAUUCGGUCUUUUACAUUUGAAGAUGUCAGAGGGUCCGGCGGAUGAUUGUAACCUGGCAGCAACCCAAGCGCCUCUUUUCCUUGGUGAAUCGAAGAGCAACAGUGUAAACACCAACGACAGCACGAUGGGCAACAGUAGCAACAAAACACAUAGUGCGCAGCCUGAGGAUAAUGAAUUUAACGCAUUACGGCAGGCAGCGAUUAGAGAAUUGCUGGAAACUGAAAUCAAUUACGUGAAAGUUUUGUCAGUUAUUUGCGAUGGCUUUUUGCCAGCCAUGAGAAGUCAUACAAAUAUCUUCCCAAGAGACAGCAUAGACAUCAUCUUUUCAAAUAUCACAUCCAUAUACAGGUUUCAUCAAGUCUUCUUGGAGGCCCUGCGGAAAGGCGUUGAACAGAAUCAAAUAGCAAAAGUGUUUCUAAGUAUGCAUAAAGGAUUCCUAUGUUAUUCCACGUAUUGUAAUGCCUACACACGAGCUGUAGCAGAGCUUGCAUCUUACCGGGAUGAUAAAGACGCGCGAAUCCUACUUGAGAGUUGUUGCUUGGGUCAACUACCUCUCUCGGCACAUCUGUUGGCGCCCGUCCAGCGCAUCUGCCGCUAUCCACUCCAUUUGAAGAAGUUAAUGAUAGACAGCAGCACAAACGAAACGGGAGCAGAGAGUAAUCAAUUGAACUAUGAACAUGUCGACCUGAUCCAGCAUAAUGUACCUGAUACGCACGCAACCGUUAACAUGGCGCUGCAGAAGAUGCGGGUUGUCAUAGAAGCUGUAAACGAGGGCAGGCGCCACAGCGAGAUCAUUGCAGGGUAUCAGGACAGCUUGCAGAACUUUAAAGGACUUCCCCUUCACCUGUUUAGCACGCGUUUUUUCCUUCAAGCCGACGCCAAACGAUUAAAGCACAAUCUGUGGAACUGCAGAUAUAUCCUGAUCAUUUUCGAUAGACAACUGGUCUAUUGCAAGCGAGAUUUCAUUAAGCGCAGGAACUUUGUCUAUAAGGGUCGCCUGCUUUUGGACUGUUGCACCAUUGUGAACAUGCGAGAUGGCGCCAAAUUCGGUUUGCACACAGUAAAAAAUGCAAUACGUAUCUACUGCAGAUCGCGAAAUAAAUGGUACGACUUUAGUUUUGCGACCACCCUCCGUAAGUAUAUAUUUCUUAAUUCGCUCGCCCUAGAGCGAACAUUUUGUGGCCUAACGUUGAAUGUGUCAGAGAUAAAAAGGAUUGAGUUCAAGGACGAGCAACAAGUCAACGAAUAUUGUGACCUAUUCGAGUGCAAUGCGACCCACUUUCCGAACCAAUCAACUCAUCAUGUUGACAUACGAUCCAAAAGAACAGAACGGAACGAUGAUAUUCCCAGUACCAGCAGUGGAACUGGAAAGGGUAUUUUGGAAAAAUCUGUCAAAUUGCUCCACCGUCUUCCAUUCAUCAGAUGGUUUCGAAAACCAAGUGAUUCCAAUUGCGAUGCCGCCGUGGCGAAUGUGCCACCAAAACAGAUUCAACCGACCCGUAAUUCAAACAUCACGCUUGCCGAAGCAGAGACCGAUAUUUCUUAUGCUUAGUUAUCGUUUUAUACAUUAUUAUUUAUAUACAAUCAGAGAUAUUAUAGUAACCGCAAAAUUUGUACCC